UACCUAUACUAUAAAAUCAAGUAUCUUUCUUAUUUUUACAUAAAACAAACUUUGAAAUGGAUACAUUUAAAAAAUAAAAUUUAUGUAAUUUAAUAAUUAUGUAAAUUAAUGAUUAUCAAAGUUUCAACAUUAUUAAUUUAUAAACUUCUUACUAUAAAAAACAGACAAAUUUCAUUUCUAAACCCUACACCCUAAACCCUACACACUAUUUGAUGGAAACUUAUCUGUCCAUUGAAAUUAUUAUUAUCAUAUACAUAUUUAUACUAUUAGUUAUGAAAUAAUUUUGUUGAUUUGUCAUAUUUUUCAUAAUUUAUUUUAUUAUUUAGGAACUGAUUUUACUGAUCUAUCAUACUUUCCAUAAUUUAAGAUAAUUUAUUUAUUUAUCAUAUAUUUAUAAUUUAAGAUAAUAUAUUGAUUCGUUAUGUUCUUAAUAAAUAUAGUUUUGUUUAUUUACCAUGUUCUCCAUCCAUAGUUUUAGAUAAUUUGUUUAUUUCUCAUUGUUUCGACCAAAGUGAAAACGGAGGAGACGACGGUGUGCAUCUCUGAACGUCUAGUCUUAAGCCAGUGUUUGUAUUUCGGAAUCAUCAAAUAUGGCACCGAGAAAGACGACAUCGAACAUGGUUUGGGUUGUGAAAUCGAAACAACCAGCGAAAAUGACAACGGAGAAGAAGACAUCAUCAGUGAUGUCAGACUCGUCUCUUCUCUCAGAUAGUUUCUCAAAACUGCAACUGUCUUCGAAAGAGCACACAUUGUCAUUGUCCGAUUGGUCUCUUCUCCCUGAGGAGCUGCUGCACAUCAUCUCCGCUAAGCUAGAGGACUGUUUCGACUUUAUUCACGCUCGCUCUGUUUGCCGCCCCUGGAGACCCGUCUUCCCCUUUCCUCCUUCCCUGCUACGCACACGCUACUCUCUUCCCUCGUUCGACAAGUUCCCUCGCAAAGGAAGAGGCUUUUGCACCCUCGAGAAGUUCCCUCUCUUCCUCUUCAGAGUCCGUUCCCCUGACUCAUUGUUGCCUUCUGAGUUUUUCGUCGGAGGAAUAAGACCAGAGAACCACGUGGAGUUUCCACCAUCUGUUCAGUGCUCAGUGAAAAUGAAGAUGACCCCGGACUCUCCCCCAACCUUGCUGAACAUUGCUGACUGUCAGAUUAUCCCUCUGGGAUAUAAGUGGAGAAUGGUCGGUCACGAUCCUAAUUCAUUAGCAACAAGAUACAGAGGCGCGGCGUUUCUUCCUCUAAACAAGGAGAAAGGAGAGUUCAUCGUGCUUAUCGGCUACUCUCGUCAUAUUUUGGUGUUGAGAAGUACCGAAAUGAGGUGGACGCGGCUUCAGAACUCCUCGGAAGCUGAUUGCCGCGAUAUCGUCGCCUUUAGAGGCAAGUUCUACGCAGUCUUUAUCAACGGGGACGUGUUUGCUAUCGAUCCCUACACGCUGGAAACGACUCCUUUGAUUCCCCCGGAGAUUGUGGACUGUGGAAGAUGCAAUAAUCUGGUUCCGUAUGGUGAUGAUGAACUUUACCUGGUCGAGAGAAUCAUCGUCCGUAACGGUGUGUUGUGUUUUAGCAAGUUAGCGUGUAGAGUGAGCGUGCUAGAUGAGGAAGCUGGUGAAUGGGUCGUUGUAAGUGAUCUGGGAGAUCGUGUGUUGUUGAUUGGACAGCCUGGGAAUUGCUCUGGAAACGGGUCUUGCUCAGCUAAGGACCUUCCUGAGGGUUGUGGUGUGAGUGGGAGCUCGAUGUUGUUCAUCAAUGAGAUAUUUGAUGUAACUUACCCUUAUAAAUAUGGAGUAGAUACGGGAAACCCUGAAGACGGCUUGAACGUCUGGAGAUGCUCAAGAGAGACUCGUGUGACGAUCCUCAACAAAUCUCCAAUGGUGGCUAUGAGGUUGGAGCACGCUGAGCCGUAAAAUCUCAGUUUGGAUUUAUCUGAGACUUGUUGGCUUUGUUUUUAACAUUUCCUUGUGAUUUGAAGUUGGAAGUGAUAUCUAGUUUUUAGUAUUUUGAAACACUUUGUUUUCUUGAUGAAAAAAGGUUUCUCAUGAACUUCUGUAGCCUUGUCUGGCUGCACACCUGGUAACUGGGUAUGUAUUAGGUUUUGGGAAAAAUCUAUACUAUUUAAAAGUUGAGACAAGUCA